CCGAGCCCGGCCCGAGCUGCGCGUGCGGAGCGAGCCCCCUCUGCAGGCUGCAGCCCCAGCGCCCGGCGCGAUGUCGGUGACGUUUGAGGAUGUGGCCAUGUAUUUCUCCCCAGCGGAGUGGGCGCUGCUGGGCGAGGAGCAAAGGCAACUUUACAGACAUGUCAUGUGGGAAAAUUACCAGGCUCUGGUCUCGUUAGGAAUCCAAAUCUCCAAGCCAGUGGUGAUCUCCAGCAUAGAGCGAGGGGAAGAGCUGUGUGCCCAGGGUCCCACAGAAGAUGAGGACAUCCUGAGAGGGUUUCCAGAUGCAGAAGAGACCUGGGACUGGCCAGCAAUUGAAAGCUCCUUGGGCUUCUUCCUCACACAAAGCUCUUCCCCUGGAGCAGUAGGGGCGAGGAACCUGAUCAGGGCUGAGGGGCAUACAGCUGAGGAAGGGUAUGGCAACCUGGAGCCAUUCAGGCCUUUCCCAGGGACAUCAGGGAAGAACCAUUCCAAGAAAUCUGAACGGGGAAGACACCACAAGACGCCACAAAGGCAGAGGAAAAAUCUGACCAGGAAGGAGCCAGAAACCUCAAGAGGCCAUCAGAGGAGAUCCAGACCAUAUCUAAGGCCUCCUGCAGAGGGAAAAGCUGAGCCCAGAAAGAGCCUAUAUACCUGCCGUGUGUGCAGAGAAGAAUUCAAGGUGCAGAGAGACCUGAUAAGCCACCACUGGAUGGUUCAUAGGAGACAGGAACUGUAUCACUGUAGCGAGUGUGGGGAGAGCUUUAGGAGAAAGAAGGAGUUCAGAGCACAUGGGAAAGCUCACAGAAAGAAGAGAGACCAUCCCUGUAUUGAAUGUGGGAAGAUAUUCCACCAGUUAUCACAUCUCAUUGCCCACCAGAGAAUACAUACGGGAGAGAGACCCUAUCACUGUGCUGAGUGCGGAAAAAGAUUCGUCGAUAUAUCAGCUCUUAACAGCCACAAGAGAGUCCACUCAGGAGAGAGAUCCUUUGCCUGCGCUGAGUGUGGAAAGAGAUUUAUGGAUUCAUCAACAUUUCGUAAUCAUCAGGCAGUCCACUCAGAAAAGAGACCCCAUCGCUGUAACCAAUGUGGGAAAGGCUUCAAAGUUAUAUCAAGUCUUACUAGACACCUGAAAAUCCACAGCGAAGAGAGACCCUUCUUGUGCCACGAGUGUGGGAAAAAAUUUUGCCUACGAGAACAUCUCAUUAGACAUCAGAGGAUCCACACUGGGGAGCAGCCCCAUUGCUGUGCUGAGUGUGGGAAAAAAUUCAGUCUCCUUCAAAGUCUCAGGAGACACUGGGAAAUCCAUAGCACGGAGAGACUCCAUCGCUGUGCUGAGUGUGGGAAAAUAUUCCGUCAUCCAGAAAAUCUCUCUAGACACCAGAGAGUCCACACUGGGAAACUCCAUCGCUGCACUGACUGUGGAAAAGGUUUUGUCUAUAUACAUCAUCUCAAGAGCCACCAGAGAAUCCACACUGGAGAGAAACCCUAUUGCUGCACUGAGUGCGGGAAAAGUUUCACCCAAUUGUCAGGCCUUAUCAACCACCAGAGAAUCCAUUCAGGAGAGCGACCCUAUCCCUGCACACAGUGUGGGAAGUGCUUUGCUCACUCAUCAUCUCUCACUGAACAUCUGAAAAUCCAUUCAGGAGAGCGACCAUAUUCCUGCAUUCAGUGUGGGAAGCACUUUGCUCGCUCAUCAUCUCUUACUCAGCAUCAGAGAACCCACCCAGGAGAGCGACCAUAUUCCUGCGCUCAGUGUGGGAAGCGCUUUGCUCGCUCAUCAUAUCUUACUAAACACCAGAACACCCACUCAGAAUAGAGACUCCUGACCUUGGUGUUUAAUGGAGGGAACCUCUCACUUCACCCUGUUCCCAAAGUCUGUAAGAGAGGGAGAACUUGCUCCCACUCUGAAAUGUUCCACCCUUCACUAAGGAGACAUGAGUUUAGGGGCUGGAUUUGUUAAAAUAAUUUGCAUGGUCCUGGAGAUGGGAGCAUUAACCCUAGAGGUACUGAAACAUUCCAUUGUGUUCAUUAUGGGCUGCAGCUAAGAGAGAGAUGACUAGAGCCAAGACUGCACUGUGGAGGUCCUGGUUUCUCUCAAGCUGUUUGUUCACUGCGGCUCCCAUCCUCGUAGGGUCCACAAAUUGAAUUAAUUAUUUUAUUUUUUCUAUUUGGAAAAAGAAAUAAUGGGUAAAGAGUCUGGCAGAGACUGAAAAGGAGCUUUCGUCUCCUGAGGUAAUGAAAGGCUGUGAUAUCCCCUGUGUGCCCCUCAUAGUACUGAAUCAAAAGGAAGGUUGUUUUGAUUUGGCUUUGAGAGAAAAUUAUGAAGCAAACUGUCCUGAUAGUUGGCUUCAUGCAUAAUGCACCCAGUGCCCUGUCUUCACACCUAAUUGCCAGGCAAGCAAUACUAGCUAGGACUGGAAGGUUGGAGAUUGGAGUUUCCGGAUCAACAAACAGCAUGCCGUUUGGUUAUGGACUGCCUUCUUUAUCAUCUUGAUGGUACAUGCAAAUACUUGACAGCUAUGGAUACUGCUGUCAUGAUUAGUGUGACUACAUCACUUACCCAUCAUCUAAUUCAUUGUGCCAUCAGAAGUCAUAAAAAAGGCAAGGGCAGAGAUGAGAGAUAUCAGUUACUUCCAGUUAUAAUGGCACUUUUUUUUUUUUAAUAAUUCAAAUUUGUGUUCCUGGAUGAGUUAGUAGCACUUUAAUGCCACCUAGGGCUUGUCUACAUAGAACUUAUCACUUACCAGAACACUCAUCCACAUCCCUGCACGAUGUAAAAUAUACCAUCCUAAGCACUGGUGUAAACUGAGCUAUGUUGAUGAGAGAGCUUCCCUGCCAACAUAGCUACCGCCUCUCAUAGAGGUGGAGGUGUUAUGCUGACAGACAAGCUCUCUCCCAUUGGGUUAGAGUGUCUUGUAUGCUAGUUUGGUGUCUUGAACACUAUCAGAAGCUGUAGCACUUCUAGUGUACAUUUGCCCUAACACUUAGGGCUUGUCUACACUGCCCGCUGGAUCGUCGGGCAGCAAUCGAUCCAGUGGGGGUUGACACCGGUACUCCACCAGAACGAGGAGCGCAAGCGCAGUUGACGGGAGAGCGUCAGCUAUAGACUUACCGCGGUGUCUUCACUUCGGUAAGUAGAUCUAAUUACGCUGACUUCAGCUAUGCUAUUCAUGUAGUUGAAGUUGCGGUAUCUUAGAUCGACCCUGCGCGGUAGUGUAGACAAGCCCUGACACGUACCCGGAUCUCAGCCUUGACACUAAGUGGCAAGGAGUGCAGGAAAAUCUCUCUGGGCUCCUUUGCUCUACUUUGCAGGCUGGGACUCGGGUUUGCUGCUUGUUGUAAGUGUUUUCUGUAAAUAAGUUGUGGAGUUGCUGUCCCAGCCCAGAGUGUGACAUGGGUAUGAAACAGCCAGGGGUCAUGUGGCAGGCACAGAGGUGGGAUCCUGCAUGGGAACAGGCAGCCCAGGGAGCACUGUUUCAAGAGACAGACUCCUAAAUCGAGAGGGAGAGAAACUAAUUCCAGCAACAUCCACAGAUCAAACUGAGCAGCAGCAUCGGGCCAUUGUCUCCCCAUUCCUCAAGCUGGAGUAAUCUGUGGCCGUGUCUCUCUGUCGGAGGGCGAUGAUGAGAUGGGACUUUCUGUCACUGUUGUCUCAUCGUUCCUGGAGGGAAUGAAAUAAUACAAGAGAAAUAUGAGUCUGAAAUGGCUGCACUGUCAUGUGUGUAAGUGAAGACCUGCAAUCUUCUCUGCAGUGCUGACUCUGUUACGUUCCAGUCACUCUUGGGAGAUGAUGUUGGGGAGAAGCAGCCACCUUGCCUUCCUUUCUGGAGCAGGUUAUGGCAGCUGCAGUUCAACUCAGUUGUAGUCUGCUUUUAACCAUUAUUUCUACUCAAAAAAUGGGGGUGUUAGGACUCUAAACUAGUUAAAAUCAUCCAGAAUACCCUGUGCUCAUGCUAAACUUUAUUGUACAAAUUUACUAGUAGUUCAGUUGUUCUAACCUUUUUCCAUUGAAUAUGUGGAAUCUGUCAGACGCAAGAUGUAUGCUCUGUUAAGGUUUGCCAAUAUGAACCGUGUGCUAGGUACAGUUGGUGCAAAUAUUUGCAUGGUUUUAUGCUACUUGUGUGCUAUGGUCUACUGCCAGCUAAACCGUUGUGUGCAUAAUUAGAUAAGAAAAGGUGUGUAAGGUCUGUGGAGUCUGGAAUUUUUUGUCUUCUAAAUCAGAAGAAUACAAAUAUGAGCAAAACUGAGCUCAUAGUUUAGAACAGACUGAAGAGAUAUCUGCUGCAAAACAUUUCUCCAGAGUGGGUACAUACUUACUUUUCUGUAUUACUGUGACAGUCUGUACCUCUAUGUUCACCCCUUCUCAGGAUAAUGAUCAAUUUUGUACAAAGCCUUUUGAAGUAUCAUUUGAAAACUCCUAAUGUGCUGAACAUUAUUAUCUUGUGAAAAUAUGGGAGGCAACAUUCUAUGCAAAGUUAUAUGAUUCUACUGUAUGAUGUUACUUAGACAUGUCACAGUUCUGGAGAAAACCCACAGACCAGUUCCUCAGAGACAAAAAGGCAGACUGACCCCUCAGCCAAAUAUCAGCAAAAUCUAAUGGACUAUCACCUGGUUAAGUGGCUGCUGUUUGGGUAGGGGAAAGGUUGUGAGUGAGAAAUCUGCAUUUUAACAAAGGAACAGCUUAAGGUUUCCAUCUAGACCAGGGAUUUCAAACUCAAAUCACUUCCAAUCAAUAAAUCUAUUGAGUCUGGUUAUCUGACAUUUCGACUCACUAUGAAACUUUAAAGCAAAUAGGAGUUAUUGUGCCUCUCUCUCCUGCUGGUGAACCUGAGCUGUACUAUGACUAACCUGCCUGAGGAGUGCAUGUUAGCUAAACAGUUUGUCAGCCCCUAAUGGUUAAAACUCAUGAGACAGUUCUAAAAAAAAAAUGAAAGUUGGAGGUUUUUACUUGCUUUAGGUUUCUGAGCGGUUAGGGUGCACUGGUUUAAUGUUUUCAAGGUUUUCUCUGCUACCAUGAGGGUUAGAAACUUUUGUCAUGAGAGCUGAAAUUCUCCUGCCUUACAGUGGGGUGUGUGUGUGUGUGUGUAGGGAAGGACUCAGGGGGUAGGAGAGGAGCAGGGAUUUAGGUUGGAGAGAGGUGUGUGUGUGUGUGUGUGUGUGUGUGUGUGACUAGAGACAAUUCUCCAGUCUCUGCGUUGUAGCUCUGAUCUCCAUUCUGAAUAAGGAGAAGUCACUGCUCCCUGCGACGGCUGCUGUGGGCCCUGAGCAGGCUCAAUAAGAACUUUGGAUUUCUUCCGAAAAAAAAGUUGCCCUGGCUGCUGGCAAAGAGCCAAGUGUGUGUGGAUGUGUCUCUGCAGAAUCACAGCUCGGGGUGGGGGUGGGGGGAGUAAAAGGACAACAGGGAGCAUGUGCGCGAUCGCGAUCGGCAGCUAUGGAGCAUGUGCAGUAGGGGGUAACAGACAGACCAGUCAGUUAAGCAGCUGGUUGGUCGGCAGCCACUCGUCCUGGUCCUACCUUGUUUUAAAGGUCAGAGCUGUCAAUCCGAAUUCUGGGGUAGUGGUCAAGACUGAGCAUGUGCAAGUGAGGGAACUGUUUCUAAAAAUAGGAAGAUACAGAGGUACAAUGUAGCAUAACCAUAAACGCCAGUUGCCAGCAAUAGUUUCGAAAUCCGGAGGCUAGGUCUGAAAAGGAGAGCGGCGUGCAGGAAGAGCCGGGAAGCCAGCGAGAGAAGCCAAAGAAGAACUGCGGCAGAGAUAGAAAAGAAAGCAGGAGCAGGGCAGAGCUGACUGAGCAGGAAUUGAACAGCAGCCACGGCAGUGACUUGACUUUUAAAAGAAAACAGCAACAGAUGUACAGCGGUCAGUACCUGAAAACCUACUUUCUCCCCCCUUGAAAUAUUCCUCCUACAAAGGCAGAAAAAGAACUGAUGGCUGGAAGUGGAAGAAAGACUACUUCAAACUGAAAAUAAGAACAAAUUUUCUACAGUGAGGGUGAUCCACCACUGGGACAAACUCCCAAGGGAAGUGAUGGAUUCUCCAGCUCCCGAUGUCUUCAAAACCUGUCGGGUCACCUUUAUGGAAGAUGCUUUAGCCAAACACAAGUUGUUGGGCUGCAUAUUGGGGUAAUACAUUGCAAUAUCAUGGCCUGUGUUAUGCAGAUGAUAUAGAUGAUUGACUGGUCUCUUCUGGCCUUAAUAUCUAUGAAUUUCUGAAGCCAUUUCCUGACCUUUCUGCACCUUUACCAACGUUCCCUCUCCAUGUAGAUGUUUGGUGCAGUAGUUGGUUGUGUCAAGAUUACAGACCAGGAGAACAUUUUAUGGAGAGGCAGACACAGCAUCAAAUUAUGCAGGAAUUCUGUGCCGUAAUUGGUGAAGAAAAUUCCCUUCUGCACAAAACUGCAUCUUAUAAUAAAACCCCUUGGAAUGAGUAAACACAGGUGUCACUAGUGUUCAGCACGAACAACAAAAGCACAAAUUCAUUAGUUAAAAUAUCUGUAGUAUAAUAACUAGCAGCUUUUUUGCUUAUUUUACAAUUUCAGAGUCAAAGUGAACAAGUGCAACAUAUGUCAAUUGAGUAAGUGUCAUCUCAUUAAUGGUGAACCAUGCAUUUUAAUCAUUACACUGGAGAUUAAGUCCAAUCACAGAAAAAUUCUAAAAUGUGACCUUCAGCUGUUUCCACCAGCAAUUUCUGUGCAUGUAAGUUGAGAGGAAACAAAAUGCAUUUGGGGUGUUAUAUUAAAGUACUGUACAGCACUGCAUCUUUUCAGAUACAUUCUAUGGCUGUUCAAAGAAAGAAAUGUUCCUAGGCCAGAUAAAUACUUUGUCUGCCCUCUCUUUAGCUCUUUUCAAUGUAACUUGGAUAUAAGAUUAAUAUUAAAAGUAGUGUUCCAAAUAUUGGUUAGUUCAGUAGAGAACAUCAAAGUGACUUGAAUAAACAUUAGCACUUAUUAAAGCAAAGGUGCUGUCAUUACAGGCACAAAACUGUUAGGAUGACAUACAACACUGGGAAGCAUUUUGCACGUUUCCAAAAACUUGAUCAAACCGAGAGUUGGCAUUUCUGUGAUGGAAUUCUGGAAUUUAAAAGGAAUGGAAUUGGAGAUAUUAUAGCACAGAUGAAGAGUUCUCCAAGUAACUUGAAAAGUAAUGGAUACCAAACCACACUACUACUGUGCAACUGUCCCAGCAACAUUAAAGACUGAUUUAACUAAUUGUAGUGGGUGUGGGAAUAGGGUUGAAUUAUCCCUUUAAGUUGUUUGUGAGCCCUCUGAUGGUACUUACUGUCGUCAAUGUUUUAGAAGAUAUCUGAAAUCAGUCUGACCACAGUGUGCACUAAGUUAGGUCUUGUAUGUUUGUAUAUAAAUAAUAAAUAUAUUUUUGGGGGCCAAUUGUAUCUGAUAGUUUCUUCAUAUAAUUUUUGUUGUGCACUAUGGAAAAGACGUGACACUAAUGAUAACAUUUUAGAUAUUUAUACAACUAUGAAAUAAGUUCUGAUAAAUGUAGCCAUUUUGCCUGUUCUUAAUUUGUCUAAGAAGGAAGCAGGGUUAGUCCUCCGACUUCUUAAAUUGUAACUGUUGUCCAUAUAAACUAUGUAAAAACAUUAAAUCUGGAUCUGCAACAAUUUGGUUGA